AUGCAAAUCAUUACAAAAGUAGAAGAAACUAAUCAACAGUCUGUUCAAAAGGCUAUCCAAGCUUCUGAUCUCGAAUCACAGAUAGAAACCUCUAGAGAUUGUGACAAACUAAAAGACUUAAAUCAAUGUAUGCUUCUUUGCUAUGAUCUUGAGCAGUAUGAAUUAAAAAAUAGUCCAGGAUCUAGAAUACAAGCUAUUAAAAAAAGUAAUAAAUCUAAGAAAGAAAUCAAGAAGAGACAAGAAAAACUGGAAAAGGAUUUAGAAUUUAAAGAGCAAGAAAUAGGUAUAGCAAUUAAAAGAAGAGCUAUAGCUAUACAUUGUAUAAAAGUUCUCAAAUCUUAUCCAGAUAAUGGAAGUGAUAUACAAAAAAU